CUGCAGUCAACCAUUCAUCAUUAAUCAUUGUCGACGUACCCCUGCCAGUUUGACCAUAAUUGCGUGGACGCAGACGCAGCAGACCGCGAGUCAUUCCAUCAGAAAAUACCUUGUCCAGACUGGCACCAUUCCGGGUCUCGCAGCACCAGCUCGGCCUCUGCAAUGUCCAGCGAUAACGAGGCCGUGUAUGGCGUAGGAAGGCGUGCAGCAUCGUCGAGUAGCAGGGAGUCGUCUCCGACGUUGAAAAGACAGCGACGCUCAUUCACCCCUAAUUCAGACGACGGAGACCUUGUUGUACCUGUAACGAACCAGGGUGAAAAUGAUACGCCGGAAUCGAGUGCUCCUCUGAUUCGAAAGCCUGUUGGUUUCUCAUGGACCCCAUCUACUGCUACUGUUAUUGAGACAUACGAGGCCGCGUUACCCCCCAAACCUACCACCAACUACUUUUUACCUGGCCAAGCACCCCCUCCGCCGCCAAAGCAACCAACCCGGAGGACGAAGCGGAAGAAAAAGGGUCAGGAAUAUUCUGCACAGACAGGACGUUUCAGAGUUUCAACACCUACGAAUGGAUUAUCCAUAGUGGCAUCAAAAUAUGCAAACCAACCAUCUGCAUCGUUGUCCGUGAGCUCUAUGGCCGCUGAUGCCGGAUCCCCCGCAGGAAAUCCUAUUGCUAACACGCAAAGCCAACCGCCGCAUGCCCCGUCCACAACACAGCCUGCUAGCAAUUUCGCAUCUGGCAUUCCUGUAUACAGGCACACCACACCCGGUGCACGCACCACGGAUCCUAGCGACACCCAGACAACGUUCCUGGGGCGUAGCAAACGACCAACGGAAGUAGAUUCGCAUGACUCCCGAUCUUCUAACAGACCCUUCCUCCAGCCAGUAGCUUUUGAGUGUUCUACACGCGAAGUGUCGAAUAAUCACCAGAGUUCCACCGAAUCUACGGAGAGAAUUAGUAGCAGUAUGCCCGUGUCUACCCGUGAUACAUCGUCGAGUGUAUUGUCUGUCGCAUCUUCAACUGGGCGCAAUUGUUCAGCAACUUCUCAAUGCAAUGGUACAGAUACUCAGCACCCGCUGAGGAUGGUGACCUUGUUAAUCGAAGACUAUAGAAGUGGUGUUCAGGACUCGCAGUUAGCGGAAAUUAUGGUGCCUUUGAAAGCAGCGGAAAACCCGGAAGAUGGCUUUUGGGCUGAUGCUGUGGAUGUUUGUGAUGCCCUUCAAGCAUCCCCAUCACGCAUCGAUGGACCUGCGAAAGUGUAUACAAAGAGAGCGAAGUACCGGCAGUUCUUUAUGCGAGUGGAUCAGCAUGACAACCACCAUUCUACGCCUGCUCAUCUUGGAGUUUCAAUACAGAGGACACUUGAUGUCUUUGUGGAAGCACCGGGGCCUCAGGGACAGUUACCUCGCCCUCCAAGGUGUCCCAAAGCAAUCAACGCGGGGCAUAGAUCUGGUUCCGAUUCGGAUGUAUCAAUGCCUUGCACAAGGACACGCUCAAAUAUGCGUGUGUCCACGCGAGAUGAACGAAUCGAGUCCUUCGAAGUCAAUUAUGCAACAACCAGAGGACGGUCCUCGCGGGCCUCAGAUACCGAGACACACAGGCGCAAGAGAGGUUGGGGGAGUACAAGUUCCAUCACACCUCUCUCCACCCCUUCCCACCUCGCAGAGACGGAGGGAGGAAUAGAUGAUGCGAUAACCAAGUGGAUUAAGCCACAAGUCGAGGGCCACCCAGGGUUCCUACACUACAUGCAGUCGAAGGCUAAGCCGCAAAGCGUGUCGGAGGUGUUGAAUCAAUUCGAUAUUGUCGACGUCGUAUCUCGGCAACUAUCGGGGCUGAAGACGCCGGCGGAUUGGGCUGGAGCGCCUAACUGUUCUGUGAAAAGGGAGCAUGUACUGCGAUCCCUCUGCCUAGAUUCCGAGUGGGAUACGAGGUGUCAAGAAAUAAUGAACCUCGUCUCUUACUAUGGCAAAAACGGAACUCAAUACCAAGACCCCCGUGUCAUCGACAUGAUGAAUGAUACUGCUGUAGCAGAUCUGAAAAUGAUAGACAAGUUUCUGGAGCUGUUAAAGACUGUUCACCGGACCUUCACGGCAGAGAGGCCAGGGAAUGCUGUAUCGCAGUGUGACAGUGUUGAGGAGGAGUAAUGCUCAUCCUUUUAUCUCGUGGGACACACUAUGUGCUAGCUACUAGCAAUAACUUAUACUCCUCAGCAAACCCGUCUCCCGGGACCCGC